AUGACUUCGGUCCUUGUCUUUUUGCUGUGCGCAACUUACCUCGCUUUCGUCGCCUCCGCCGCUGCUAUCACUGGCCGUAGUGCCUCAAAUGUCUCCAGCAACCCAUUUGUAUGGGCUUCCCUCGGCGACUCUUGGGCAAGUGGCGUGACCUAUGGUCUUCCGGGCCGCACCAACUUCGACGGUAUCUCAGACGAUUGUAUGCGCAGCAAACAGGCAUACUCUGUGCAAAUUAGCGGCGAGAGCACCUGGGUUCCAGGUGAACGUCCUCAAGUUUUCGCCUUCCAGUCUUGUGUGGGCACUCCCUUCACCGGAAUUGACCGCGUCCCCUACAAAGGUCACGUUCAGCUGGCCGGCAUUCCGGCCGACAUCGAUAUGAUCAUGCUUCAGGCUGGCCACGACAGUGCGAACCUCGCCGCAGUUGCCGGUGCCUGUGUCUACAAACAGGGCAACUGUUCGCAGGAGAUUGCGCGGGCGUCUAGCUACAUCAACGGCAAGGACAAGGACCAGCUCUUCCAAGAUGUCCUGUCGAACAUCGACAGCAUCUUCGGGCACGAAGAGGUCAAGACCAACGACCGCUUCCAGCUCUUUAUGCCUGGCUAUGUCCAGGUGUUCUACGCAAACGGCGGUGAGGGUGACUGGUGUAGCAAUGCUACCUUUGCGGUUGUUGAAAAUGGCCCACUUUUGAGCCUUGAGUUGCGCAAGUCCAUCAACCAGCUGCUUCAGGAUCUCAAUACUGGCAUCAAGGCUGGCAUCGCUGCUAGCUCUUACUCUGAGCGCACUCAUUUCAUCGACGUCGACCCUCAGUUCAACGGCCACCGCUUCUGCCACCCAGAGCACACAAUCAUUGAACAGUACACCAGCGACAAGGUCUACCUCUGGAAUAUGUCGCCUGCAGAGGCGAACGCCACUGAUCCGGGUAUGGCUCUCCGAACCUUCCACCCCAAGGAGAUUGGCUACAGGGCCAUGACCAACGCCAUCAUCCAGAACCUCAACACCCAGUACGGUACUGUGACGGCCAUGGAGUCACCUCAGUCGGCUGUAUCCACAGUGGCGUACGAGAACUCGAUACAGAUUCUUUUCGCCGAGCACAGAGGAUACCUUCUCCUGCGGGUGCGAACUGGCAAAUCGAGAUUGAAGGCUGGUCUGACGAUGACCGUUGUUGGGAUCGCCGGGGAUAAGGAUGGGGCUGGUUCGCUUAAGUGCGGAAACCCGCCAUUCUUGGACUAUCCGAUCAUGCCGGACCCCGGUAACACCAAUGGGAUCAUCCGCUGCCUGAAUGGAGACAUGGUCGGUCUUGCUUUCCAUCGCGCGUGGAACGUCGAGUGGUAG